AUGCCUGAGAAAUGGUGGUCUGUAUUUUGGAGAAAAUCAAAUGGAUAUUUCGGCUGUGAGACAACGCACCAAGAAGGUAAUGUCAUAGGUUUCAAUACAUGGGCAUACUUCGAGACGAAACAGAUUCAGAGUAAUUCAAAUUACGAGUGGAUCACGCUGAAUAUAUUUACUCGGUGGAUCCCUUCUCUGAAUCAAACAUUUCUGCUUAUUUUUGAUCUGGCAAAAGUCCACUGGGAACCAAUGCUUCAGUCAAUAUCGAAGCCAGUCAAAUCCUACUUAGGUAUUCCAUUCUGGCCCUACUCGCACGUGCUAGAAAUUUUGGUCUCUAUCGAAGAGUCCGCUGUCUGGGCCAUCCGGGAUCAAGUGAGGGCGUUUGAAAAAAAUAUCAAUCCAGGUAGACUACAGCCAGAGUACCGGAGAAUGCAUGACAUUGCCCGCCACGCUAUUCAUGUUAGUGAGAGUCUAGACGUCUCGGUUCAAAAUAUCGAGACUAUCAUCAAACAAUACGGUCUCUAUAUAGAAUCACAACCAAGAAACUCAUACUCUGGCGAAGAUGAAGAUCUCAAAAACAAGAUCGAGUUUUUUCGGUGCUACAUCGCAAGUCUACGCCACCGCUCAAUAUCAAACGAGAAGCGGCUCCAGAACGAGAUCCAACUAGCGUUCAACAUUGUCGCCCAGGAUAGUGCAGAAACGUCUAUGCAAAUAGGUCGUGCCGCACAGGUCGACAGUUCGACUAUGAAAACAAUCGCAUUUGUCACGUUGGCCUUUCUCCCGCCUACCUUCAUCUCAUCCAUCUUCAGCAUGUCGUUCUUCCAGUCUGGAAAUAAUGGCUGGGGUAUGUCAGAUAAGUUUUGGAUAUAUUGGGUGUUUGCCAUCCCAACAACCAUUGCUACGCUUGUAGUCUGGCAGUACUGGCAUAAACUCUUCCCUAAGCCAACGGUUGCUCCUGUUAUAUCAAAUGUUUCCCAGGAACAUGUUUGA